UAUUUUAAACGUAGGGACAGGAAAUAUGAAAUGGGACGGCCAGGAUCCAAAGUGACGCUGUCACUUAGGCCGAAGUUUAUCAACUCUUGACAAAGAGCAAAUUAGAUGCUUGUGAUGGAGCUGUUGCCACGAGCACCCUGAAUUGUGAGAAGGUUGGACAGUUGGAGAAGUUGCUGCCUCUGCACUAGCAGGUUUUUACAGCAUAGACAUUGCUCCUUCUGCCUGGAACAGCUCUGCAGGGCUUUUUUUCUCCUUCCUUUUUUGCUUCUCAUGCUUGAUUAUUUCCUGACUGUACACUGGGAUGGGUCUGUUGCAAAAGAUUCUGAUUCCCUUUGUUGGAUUGGUCUUGGCCCUCUGGUUUUAUUCAGGAAAGGAAGAUUUUAAACCCGAAAUGCUGCAAGGGAAACAUGUGAUUGUUACUGGGGCAAGCACAGGAAUCGGCGAACAGAUGGCAUACCACCUGGCACACAUGGGUUCCCACAUACUGAUCACUGCGCGGACAGAAGCCAGGCUCCAGAAAGUUGUCAUUCGAUGCCUGGAGUUGGGUGCGGCAUCUGCCAGCUACAUGGAUGGAAGCAUGGAAGACAUGGGGUUUGCUCGGGAUGUGGUAAAGAAAGCAGAGGCAUUAUGGGGAACCCUAGAUAUGCUUAUUCUGAAUCACGUUACUGCUGCAAACCUCAGUUAUUUCAAUAGUGACACUGAACACAUGCAGAAGCUCCUCAAUGUCAAUUUCCUUAGCUAUGUGGCCAUGACAACUGCAGCUCUUCCUAUGCUCAAGAAGAGUGAAGGGCCAAAUAUCAUAGUGGUUUCAUCCCUGGCAGGUAAAAUUGGUUUCCCAUUCAUGGUUCCCUAUGCUACUGCUAAGUUUGCUCUGGAUGGAUUUUUCAGCUCCUUGAGGCAGGAAUUUGUUAUCCAGAACACCAAUAUUUCCAUCACCCUCUGCAUCCUCGGACUCAUCGACACAGAUACUGCUAUGAAAGCUACUUCUGGUGUGUUCAGCUCUUUCCCAGCAGCACCAAAGGAGGAGUGUGCCCUAGAAAUCAUAAAAGGUGGAGCCCUGCGCCAACGUGAUGUUUAUUAUAAAUAUUCCGCUGUAAAGAUCCCUGUAUUGUUCCGGGACUGGGUCCCAGAUCUCCUGGAUUACCUCAUCAGGAUGCUAUUUGACGUGAAAAAGCUAAAAGAAAAUUAGUGACUUUUGCUUAACUAUUUAUAUUUCAUGCUACACAGACCCGUGGUGUUGCAGCUGUACUUCCCUUUUAGCUCAGACUGUCUCUGGAGGCCUAACUAGGAUGCGUUACUGGGAGAUGAACCAAUAUCACUUUACCCCAGCAUUUAAAAAUAAAAAAUAAAACUAGCAGGUCUGUAAGGCUCCAGUUCAGAUAGGGGUUAAUGAAGGAUGUGGGGCUAACUUUUUAAUCCCUGCACCAAUUGAAUUCUUCUCCCUACACUGUGAGCCUUUGAAGAAAGAAACCCUCUAAGGCUAAUAAUGUAUCUGCAGAUGAGCAGAUUUUAUAAUUGAAACCAUGUGAGCAAAAGAGCCCACUACCCAUGUCAUGGCUUCUGUCCAAACCAGGUCUCGGAGUGGCUGUUUCUAUUUAAUAAACACUGGAAUGUUCUCAUGA